AUGGAACACGUAACCGUGGAAUAUUAUCGCGCCGGCACUCCUUAUCUAUCUCCAGAAGCUAUUGAGGAAAUCAUUCAAUCUCGGGGGACGGUUAAAAAUGCGUGCAGGGAAAUGGCUGAUAAAUAUGAAACUUCAACUCGUAGAAUUUAUGAAAUUUGGAAAAGACAUGCUCAAGGAUUACCCCUGCGCAAACAACAAAUAAUACAUAGUGUUGCUUCUUCUGAGGUAAUGCCUGAAAAUAAUACUUCGGAUAGGUGGUCAAAGAAAAGAAAAUCAGGAUCUAUAGAUGAAAUGGAUGACCUACAAGCUAAACUUACACAAAGUCGCAAAGAAAGAGAAGAAGCUAAACGUAAGUCGAAAAGAUUCAUGGAUUCCAACUAA